GUUCUCAGAAACUGCAGGGCUUCUUCGAAUACCAUUCGAUCUCCACCAUUAACUUUAAGUAUUGAACGAGGAAUCAAUAAAGCCGUAUUUCAGCUUGACUUGAGAGUGAAUCUAAUCCAAAAUGUUUCCGCGUAUGCCUUCGAUGGACUGUCUCAACUUACUAGGCUUUCACUCGCCGGUAACUACAUCAGAAAGUUCGAAAAAGAGAUGUGGACAGGGCUAGACAGUCUGAAGGAGGUCGAUCUUGGAUGGAAUGAAAUCACAGAGCUGUCACCUGACGCAUUCUCUCCGCUUAGCAAUAACCUUAUGACGCUGAACCUUCGUCACAAUCCACUGAAGACCGUGCCUCCCACCGGUCUCAAAAACUUGCGUGCACUGUUUCUCAGCGAAUGUCCGCUGGAGAACAUCGGACAUGAACUACUGAAGGACUAUCCCACAUUGGAGGUUAGCUUGAAUUUCUAA